AUGCCAUCCGUCGUAUCAGGUUUCAACGUUCUGCCGAUCCAAUACACGAAGCAAUCGACCCACUAUCUCUACGUUCGUGCCCAUGUACCAUCCAAAAAAGCCGGUUCAAGUCAGACAUUGCCACCCAACCGCACACUUUUCCUCGUCAAUGUGCCUCCUGAUGCUAGCGAACGAGAGUUGAUAAUAUUCUUCAGAUCGUGUGGGACUGUGGAGAGGGUCAUAUUUGACAUGGAUGAAACUAAUGAGCCUGGUAACGAUAUCGAAAGUGACGAGGAAGACGAGGAACAGGAGGAGGCACCGAUGGAUGUAGAGCAGGACCACCCACGAAAAAAGCGGAAAGUUGGGAAGGACACAACAAAAGCACCUACCGUAACACCACUACCUUCGAACUCUCUUCGAAGAUUACGCAAAACGGGGCGUUCAGCGCAUCUAAUCUUCCUCGACGAAGUUUCACUCCCAAAAGCCCUAUCGUCUGGUUCCAAGCCGCGGCCAUGGCCUAAACUACAGGAUGCCGACUCUGCGCCGUCUGGUCUGGCUCACUAUAUGCAACUAUACUCUGCUUUGCGACCACCGUUGGACGUUGUCAGAGCUCACGCGGAUUCUUCGAUCGAUCUUUACGAAUACGAGCUAGCGAAAAGCAGACAGAAUUCGAAGUAUAAGAAAGGGGAAGCCAUCGUGGACGACGACGGCUUUACGUUGGUUACGCGUGGCGGCGCGUAUGGAAAGACUCUAGGCGGGGGCGUAGGCGUCGCGAGCAAGGAAUUUACUGCGACCGCUGGAAGGGGCGGUGGUGGGAGAAUGAGGAAGCAGAAGAAAGAGUCGAAGGAGAAGGAAGGUUUCUACGCGUUCCAAAAGGCGGAGAAGCAGAGGAAGGAACUAAUGGAUUUGAAGCAAAGAUGGGAGGAAGACAAAGUGAAAGUGGAAAAGCUCAAGGCAUCGCGUCGGUUUAAGCCGUAUUGA